CAAUGAGAGUAAUAUACUUGAUGUCUCUUCUGGGAUCUUGUAUCUGGCUGGUGAUUCAUUAGUUCCUGAAUCUAUCAAUAAGAAUUGUCUGGAGGAUGCCAAAGUUCUCCAACAGGUGGAUAAGAAGUUCAUUCCAAUUGUGGGUGGUGGAGUGCUUGCUAUUAUUGACCAGCACGCUGCAGAUGAAAGGAUCCGCUUGGAAGAACUACGUCAGAAGCACGCUGCAGAUGAAAGGAUCCGCUUGGAAGAACUAUGUCAGAAGGUGCUAUCUGGAGAAAUGAAGACAGUCACUUACCUAGAUACUGAGCAAAAAUUGGUCCUGCCUGAAAUAGGGUAUCAGUUGUUGCACAACUAUGCUGAUCAGAUUCAAAAUUGGGGUUGGCUCUGCAACAUUCGUUCUCUGGGUUCAAGGUCUUUUAAAAAGAAUCUGAAUCUUCUACACAGGCAGCCAACUGUUGUCACACUCAAUGCGGUGCCGUGUAUUGUAGGAGUCAAUUUGACUGAUGUAGAUCUCUUGGAAUUUCUUCAACAGCUUGCUGAUACAGAUGGAUCAUCAACUAUACCGCCAUCCGUUCAUCGGGUCCUUAACUCCAAAGCAUGUAGAGGUGCAAUAAUGUUUGGGGACACAUUGCUACCUUCAGAGUGUUCCCUAAUUGUUGAAGAGCUGAAGCAAACAUCAUUGUGUUUCCAAUGUGCUCACGGGCGACCAACAACUGUCCCUCUUGUCAACUUGGAGGCAUUGCAUAAGCAGAUAGCUAAGCUUGGAUUGUGGAAUGGUGGUUCUAAUGAAUUGUGGCAUGGGUUACAUCAGCAUGAACCCAGUUUAGAACGUGCAGCACAGCGUUUGAGCUCUGCCAGAGGUCUGUCUUGAUGAGUAACCAGUUGGUUUUCCAGAUUCAGUGGUGGCUGUGGUUCUCCACCAACGCGCCUUUUUUCCUUGCCACUGUGAACCCAUUCUUUCAAUUUGUUAUGUAUAGUUCUCAUUCUGACCGCUGAAGUACCAAUAAUAUGUUGUACUAGUGUAACAGAGUCGCUUGUAGUUUGUAACGACAGUUAUUUGCACACAAUAAAAUCACACCUUAUUUUUUCA